CUCGGUACAAGACACCAGACCAAAGAAAAAACGGGCGUCUACAACACUCGGUGUUCCCAGGCGGUCACCCAUCCAAGUACUAACCGAGCCCGACGUUGCUUAACUUCAGUGAUCGGACGAGAACUGGUGCUUUCAACGAGGUAUGGCCGUAGACAUUAUAUA